AUGGCCCAGAAAGUCGUCCCCGGCGCUGAUAAACUUACGUUCGUCGCACAGGAUGAAAUCUGGAAAAAUCGCCUUGAAACCGAAUGGAAAGCACGUCAAAAUUGGUCUAAGAAAUGGGGAUUUUUAACAACCCCUCUGGAAGAGUUACUGAAGAGAGAAGGAGAAGUGCUUAAGCCUCCAAAGCCCAAGAUAGAGCUUCCAGCACAUUUACGCAUCCGGCCUGUGACACCAGUGGAAAAAUAUAUUAAGGUACUCCCAUCACCACCAGUCCCUAAAACUACUGCAGGUUUUAUUGGCUGGCGAUCCACGAUUCCUGGUCUGGAACUUGAGAGAAACUACAGGAUUAUAAGCUGUAAAGGUGCCUAUGCCAAGCAACUAAAGUGGCCCGAGGCGGGCAUCUACUAA